AUGAGUCACUGGCUCACCGUCCAGCAGUUCUUGCCUAGCAUGAUCAAAGCAAACAAGGGCCACAUUGUCACCAUGGCUAGUGUCGCGUCCUUUGUAGGGCUUCCCGGUCAUGCAGACUACGGAUCUACCAAGGCAUCCGCCCUUGCAUUCCAUGAAGCGCUUCAAGCCGAGAUCAAGCAUGUGUACGGCGCACCGAAUGUCAUGACCACCAUCGUGCACCCUAAUUUUGUGGCUACGCCGCUUGUGGAAGAUUUCAAGGGCCAUCUGAAGAGCUCGGGCAUCACGUUUCUCACACCAGAGCAGGUGGCCCAAGACACAGUGGCUCAGAUUUUCGAUAGGAAGGGUGGGCAAGUUGUUGUUCCUAAAUCCUCUGGCAUCGCUUCGGCGGUUCGAGGCUGGCCAUUAUGGCUGCAGGUCAUUGUUCACGACUUUCUAGGAGCGAAUGCGAAGAGGAUGAAUAGUAAGUAG